AUGACUGACGGCUUCAAAAGACAAAACCAGACCAUUGAGAAGCUCGAAAAAGAAAAAGAGAAAAUGACACAACACAUCUACCUUUUACAAGAAAGAAUAAAAAUUUUCUAUUUCGAAAUCAAUCAGACCCAACCAUUACAAGCAGAAGAUCAUCCAAAAGAAACAAGGAGUUCUCCAUCUCAGUCAAAAAUGAAUAAGAAGGGUGUACAUUCCACAAAGAAUGUAGAAGAAGCUACUGUACCAACCAAAGGUACAUCUAGUCCCGUUCAAACGGUAGCGGGUGAAGACUUCUCAAAUUCGUUGAUUGCUGACACUUUGCCAAAAAUUCGUGUGUCUUAUUGGUUUCUAGAAAUCUCACUUGUUUCACUCUUUCGUUGGCUGGCUCGCUCGCGAGGUGGUGCGGCCAGGGGUGGUGCACUCGGGCCUGCAAGCAGAGCCUCAGAUUGGGGUAGACGCCGACCCCGAGGUCGAGGCAGGGCCGUAGCACCAGCCCGAGAUAGGGAGGAGGAGCCUCAGGCAGCAUAUGUACCUCCACAGCCGGUAGGGCCGGGGCCAGCCCAGCCACCACCUGCACCAGCUGCAGCUGCAGCUCCUGAUCUCCAUGCACCAGCCCCAGCAGCACCAGCACCAGUCCCAGUAGAACCAGCUCCAGCGCCGCAGGGUCAGCCUGCCGCAGUGGCACCAGAGGUUCAGCCGCCACCAGUUCAUGUGACUGUCGUGUCAGACUUAAAGGACGGGGAGAUGCCACUGCGCGAGCAGAAGAUGCUCGGGGUAUUCCAGAGGUUGGCACCGCCGAUAUUCUCAGGGGCAAUUAGGGAGGAUGCCCACGAGUUCCAGCUCACUUGUCAGGAGCAGCUAUAG